AUGUCUUCAUCGAUCAUUAAAACCAUCGUGGAGAAUUUGGGAUCAUCAAAGAUUACCGAGAGAAAGAGAGGUAUUACUGAAUUACGAGAUUUCGUAUCUAGUAACAGAUCGAAUUUAACAAUUCUAGACGAUAAACAGUGGAGUGCCAUCAUUAAACAGCAUCUCCUUCCCUGUAUUGAGACGGAAAUUAAAGCAAAAUCAAACAAAAAGACAAACACUCUCAAAAACGAUGUGGCUCUUCCGACAAAGCAAAUUUUGUUGACUCUCAUUGAAUUUAGUUUGAGCGAUGACCCAGAAGUUGACAAUGCUGAUAAUGCAAGGCCAUAUCUCAUUCAAGCAAAGACGAUCAAAGAAAUUGUACAGUUUAUUCUUUCAAAUUUAAAUUAUGAUGGAGAGAGCAGCAAUGAUGACUCAGAUAGAAGAUAUACAUUUGGCUCUGCUGGCUGUGACAUAUUGAAAGGACUACUACGAAUUAGAAAAUAUUCUUCCAAGAUUACAAGUGAGCUAUUUGAUGAACUUUUGCAAACAUUUGGAGAUUUAUUGAUUGCAUGCUCCUCAAGUCAAACAGAUGCUGCUCAUUAUGCAUCUUGUUUACAACUUUUAGUUCAAGAAUAUUCACGAGAAUUUAAUGAAGACCAAAUCGAAAAAAUAUUAGCACUUUUCGAAGCUUAUUUCAAAGGCAAAAACAACAACUUUGAAAAAGUGCAGCUUCACCUCAUAGAAACUUUGAACAAUUUUUGUGAAAAGCAAGCUCUCAAUAAGAGCGUUGUGUUACGAAAACUCGCAAACAUUAUCUGCUCGUCACUAUUGGAUAUUUAUUUGCAAACAAAUAGCGAACACUUGAAGAUUGAAAUAUGUAAAUUUUUACACACUAUUUUAAAUCUCAGAUACUAUGAUGAAGAUAUAGUUUUCGAAAAAGAUAAUUUAAUGAAAAUAUACUCGGUCCUCAAAGAUAGCCUUAAUCAGACACGAUUCUUUUCUUUUAACAUUAAAAACUUGAGUUCAUUAGAAAUUGACAUCAAAAGAAAGAACAGAGACAUUUAUUUUGAAUUUUGUGCAGAUUGUUUCUACCAAGUAAUGCUCUCACAGGACACGAAAGAGGAAUCAGAUUCACCUCCUCAGAAUCCAAGAGAUGUUGAAGAGUCCCCAGGGUCUAGAAAAAAGAGAAAAAUGUUUUCUGUAAAGGAGGAAAUUUCAUCAGUUGUUAACAAUGACCUACUUUUAGACAAGGAAGAAUUAUCAAAUUGGAUAAGGUUACUGUACACAGCAAUCAACAGAUAUUUUAACCAUUUUUGUCGGAUCUUUGAGUCGUUAACAGACAGACUAUUUUAUAUCAUGAAAGAAAGAAAAGCGAUCGAUGAUGUACAUACUCAUAUUCUGAAGAUUUUCAGAUACUUUAUGCUGAAAAAUGAUAAUAUUUCUAAUGUAUCAUGGCAUAACGAACUACUAUCGUUGCUUAUUAAAUUUAUGAAGACAGAGUGCAGCUAUCUGUUGAAGGAGGUGUUUUCUCUUCUUGCCAUAAUUUUAGAAAAGGUUGACAACAAGAUAGCUUACGAAACAGACUUUAAUUUGCAAGUGCUAAACUCAAAAUAUUUCAAAAAUAGCGAUUUUGUAUGCACUGAGUCAUUGCAUUUACUGUCAUGCCUCUACCAUUUGCAUCAAACUACGAAAAAACUUGUGCUAUUCAAUGAUAAGGAAUCAAUAUUCAAGUGGAUCGGAAAAGCGUUCACUCUGACAGAUAUUGCGGAUAAAGACUGCAAAACCAUUUCAUUUGUGCUCUCCAAUCUAAUUUUAACAGGACUUGGUGACCGCUAUGAACACUUCAAGAAAGCAAUGUAUGAUAUUUAUCUCAAAGACUUCAAGUCAACCCAUUCAUUUUAUAGUUUUCGAGAGAUGCAAAAAGAAUUCUAUUCCCCUGUCAUAGCCACAACAACAAUAUCUACAGACAGUAAUGAAAACACAAAUUUGUUUGUUGAGAGUGACAAUAUGGAACGACUUCUUGAAACAUUCAAUCUAAUUUUAAAGGAAGAUUUGAAAAUUACUUCUCAGGAAUCCAAGGAAACUGUUUGUGCCAAAAUUUGCAAGCUGAUCGACAUUAUUCACACUUUCUUGGGAAUGAUUUUCGAGAAUAAGUUUUUCACGGAAAACAGAGUAUUUUACAAGUAUUAUUUAGACCUUCAGCUAACGUUGAUAAUGAAUUUGAAAGAAGCAUUCAAGUUGAGCAUAGGAGUUCCAUUGUGGGCUACUCUGGCUGAAAAGCUUUCCCAACUUCCUAUCAAGUAUUCUUUGUCCCUAUCCAAAGGUCAAGAGCAAGUUGUUUAUGAAUGGUCAAACCUUUCGUCCGAGGUGCUCAUUCCUCUUGUUUCUGAAGCGAUAGAUAGGUUAAACCAACAUUCUGUUUCUAUUCUCAAACACAGCUCUCAGCACGACGAUAUUGUGAUGUUAGAUGAUGACGAUGAUGAAAGCAUUUCUGUCUCUCUCAAAAAACCAGAAGACAAAAAGUUUAGUCGAAGAAUCGUUUCUGCCACUCUCAAAAUUUUGCAACAUUCUACUGGAGAUUUCUCAGCUUCCCUUAAGGAAAGCAUAACUAAAACGUUGCUGGAUUUAUUCGACAAGUCAAGCGAAGUGUUUCCAAAAUUUGAAAUUUGUAAUUUACUGUUUAAGACUGGUGACGAGCAACUCGUAAGAACUGCAUUGGAGAAGAUACCAAGAGAGAUUGGAGAUAACAACAGCUGGUCUGCAGUGCUUAGACUGUUACAGUCUCUUGACCACCAGUUAGAUAUGCAUGUUGAUAUCGUUGGAGAGUGGGAUGAUCUACUAACAUCACUCACCAGUAUUUACGAGAAAGGUUUUUUCAGCGCUUCCUCCAGCCUUGAGCUUUCGAAAUGUAUCGUCCAAGCUGCAGUUUCAGGAAAAUUGCCUAGCAUGAACAGUAUGGCAGAGCUUGCUCUCAAAUUUUUAGAAGGAAAUAACUUUAUGGCAAGAUUGGAAAUUGCUAAAAAUUGUACUGUAUUUAUGAAGUAUCUGGAAAAGGAAGCCAUAGCAAAGCUAUUGUACAAGUUAAUUGACAGCUCAGCUGAAGUCGGGUUGGUUAGAACUGCUCUGUUGGCUCUUACUUCACUGUCAUCUAAGGAUUACUCGCUAAAUACUAUAUUCAAUAUUAUGAAUUACUAUGCAAAUGAGUCCUUUAUUGACAGGUAUUUCGCAAAGCAAUCACUAACAUACCUAUCGAAGAGUCAUCAAUUUUCUACUAUUAAUCAAUUAUUUGAAAAUAAUUGUCGAUUUUUUAUUUUGGAGUGGCUCAAAUCACAUAAGAGCCUUGACAAUAUACCAUUAGAUCUGAUUGGCUAUUCAACAAUGCCUCAGCUUGUUCAGACAAAUGCCAAAGAUAUAUUUCCUAUUGUAUUUGCUCAUUCUGAGGGACAAGGGCUUUUAGAAACACUUUGUUCGAGUAUGAAUAUGAAUUUGAAAGAUGGUAUUUCCAAAAAUUUUUGCUACAUUUUCGCCUAUUGCAAUGCCAUUUACACAGUGGAUGCAACCAAGGGUAAAUGGCUAAUAGAAUCAAAAUUAAGAGAAAUACUUGGAGCAUUAAUGGAUACCAUUCUUCGGUCUUCCAAUUUCAUUACUGAUAUUGUAAUUGAACUUCUUUUGCUGAUGUCAGACAGGCCUGAUAAUACAUUGAGCUUUUCCAGCUCUGUAAUCAAGAAAGGUGUAGAGACAUUGGCUAAAUCUCUGUCACCAAAAGAAAUUUUGAAUCUCGACAAGUUUUUGAGAACUUCAAAGCCCAGAAUUCAUAUCAUUUUAUUGAAUUUAUACGAACUGAUUACAUCGAAAGCUCAACCUAUUGAACGCAGAUUUUACAUAUUGAAGUCGUUUGUUGACGAAUUUUUAGGAGCAAACAUUUAUAGUCCUUUUGUUUUUCGAACCUUAAUUAACAUGCUGUUGAGUAGUACUGAUGUUGACUUUCCAUUGUCGGUCGAAAAAACAUGCUCAUUACUUCAAGUCAUACUUAAAUUAUUGAUACAUAACUUGAGCAAUAAUGACGCCAAGCAAGAGCUGUAUAAAUCCAUUCCGAAGAUACGCAACAAAAUGGUUAACCUCAUUACUACAAGUGGAUGUCCAACAACCUCUCCCAACACGAUCCUAGAGUUAUUAUUUGAGUCUACAAGUCUAGCAGAUGUCCUCAAAACCUUGGAGCCAUUUCCUGAUUUGCCUAUUUUUAAACCUCUUAAUGAGAAGCUUGCUAAUAUGCAAGGUCAAACAUCACAAGUUUCAGUACUAAUGGAUAAUUUCAUUAGAAGCGAACAUAUUUCUGUAUUCUCAAUUAGACAUAUUUCAAAAGCCAUGAGAUACCAUAGACAGUACAUUUUGGGUGUGUUGAGUCAGAACAAUCAAAUUUCGAAACAAGCAGACAGCCUGCUCACAAAAUUAAUUUCAAAAUUGUACAAUAUUUGCUCGGGAGAUUAUCCAGUAGAAUGGAAAGAAGAAGCUGUCGUUGGACUUGGAGAACUUGGGCUUAUUCAAAAUAUUGACAGGCUCAAGAUGUAUGACAAGAGUAUAGUCGAUGAGAUAGAUAUCAAUAAGGAUUCUUCUCAGCGCCAAACAGACAUAAUUAUUCAUUCCAAGAAGAAAAUAUUUUCAUUCAUCUGCUCGUAUCUGACAGACCCAGAUAUUAAUAUUGUCAAAGUGGCUUCAACUACUAUUAACAAUAUUCUGCAAACUACAGAAGGAAAAGAAAUAUGCUCCCGAUUUAUUGAUGCUGCUACUCGGUCUUGCUUGGAGCCAUUUAUUGACAACUCAGAUCCUUUUAUACUAGUACCACAUGUUUGCCCUCAAAAAGCAACACCAGCAAGCGUACAAUAUGAGCCCAUGAGUGACAACCUGUACGACACUACUAACAAGACUCACGAUGAAUGGGUUAGAGCUGUGACAAAGUCCUUACUAAGUACUGGAGUUACAGAUCCAAUUUUGGUGCGUUGUAGUGAGUUAUGUGGAGAAAAAACUGCUUUUGCAGAAUUUUUAUUCAUGCUUGCAGUCUUUGACAUUUCUUUGGGUGGAAAGGCAAAAGAAUUUUCAAAAAGUCUUUCUCUUCUUUUAAAGAAGCAUGUAUUUGAGAGUGUGCAUGCAAAGAAGGAAACUAUUGUGUUAAUGAUGAACACUCUCGAUCUAUUACAUAGAAAUUACAGAUUCGUUUCAAUGAACUCUAAAAAGAAACAAAAACCAAACAUUUCCAAAUGCUUCCUAUGCAUUGACUAUUUGACCAUUGCCAAAGCUGCUUCUCGCGCUGGUUUGCAUUUUUCAGCUCUCAUGUUUUCUGAAUUUUCAUAUGAAAAGGAUAAUGUUCUAACCCUCAUUGACAAAAAGUCCAUGGAAUUUGAAGAAAAGGCAGAAGAGUCACAAAAGUUACUUUUAUCAUUAUACAAUUCCAUUGACGAUCCUGAUGGUAUUUAUGGAGUCACAAAAAGUUAUGGUGUCGAGUCAAAAACUCUGCUGAGUAGUAAGGAAGGAGACUGGUCCAACACUCUUGGACUUUAUGAUGCAACUGUAUUGAAAGGACAUUCGCAAAGUUUGAUUGGAGCGUUCGAUGCCAUGAAAAAUCUCGGCCUUGAUCGAAUUUCGUCCAUCAUUAUGAAAGGUACCUCUCACGAUGAAAUUAUGCAAAACCCAGAACUCAGAGAGCAGUAUUUUGAAAAUUUAUGUAAGACCAUUUCAUUGGAAAAUCUAGAAAAACAUCCACCUUCCAUACAUUUAGAUUUCAAUGAGGCCAUAUACAAUUUACUGUAUGCCAUUGCGAAAGGAGAUUCUGCUCACUUUGAUUUGAUUUUACAAACUUACAGAAAACGUUUAUCUCAAUCGAUCAACUCAACAUCCAACAUGCAAUCUACUCUUGCAAAAUUGCAUUGUUUAUCUGAACUUGAAAAAGUAUGGGACAUUAAAUGGACUGAUAGAAAAUCCAUUGUAGAAAGAAUUCCAAAAGAUCACGAGUUGUCACUUGUCAAAGGUUCUAGUGGAAUAAGAAAUGACUCAUUUUUCAACGUUGAAACAGUACUCAAUGUGAGAACCUCUCUUUUCAAAAUACUUAAUCUUGGACAAACUUUAAUGGAGCAUCAAUGUGCUAUUGUUUCACUCGCUAGAAAGGAAGGACAGGAUCAAUUGGCGACAAAUUUAGUGAGUCAACUUACAACAACUGCAAACAAAGACCUUCCACUGUUUAUCAUCCAAGAAGCAAAAAAUCUCUACAAGAAGGGAGACACAACUGAAGCCAUAUCAAUUCUCAAAUUUCUUGCUCUCAAAGUUGAAGAACUCGACAAACAACGACAAACAACGGUGGAUAAAGAGCGGGCUCUCAAGUUGAGAGCAUUACACACCAAAGCCAUUUAUUUAUUGGGAAGAUGGGCUGGAGAAACAAGUACAGAAUCAUAUGAUAACAUUGUACGAUUCUUAUCGACUGCCAUUGAACGUCACGAUAACAAAGCAAAAGCUUACUAUCAUCUUGGAAAAUAUUAUGACUCUGCCUAUCAAAAUAUUGAACGAAAAGAAAACAGUGAAGACAGCAAGAGUUACAGAGAAUUGUUAAAAGAAAAUAAGGAUCUUCUUGCACAAUAUUUGAGGAAACGACAAGAGUUUAGAAAUGAGAAGGAAAUUCCAGCAGAUUUCAAAUCCAAAUUAAGUUACUUGCAAAAAAUUAUUGAUCUCGAUCAAAAAGAACAAGAAAAUAUUUCUGCACGAAAACAAAUGUACCGACAAGGUGUUCUCUCCAACUUUGUCAAUGCUACCAUUCUCAGCGAUAAUUAUGACCUUGUCAUUAUUCCUCGAAUUUUAAACAUUUGGUUUUCAAAUUCGAAUGAAGCCAUCAUUAACACUUUUAUUUAUCAGACCACAGUCGGCGCACAAAGAAAUGCUGCCGUUGUUCCUCCUUACAAAUUUGUGAAUCUAUUUUAUCAAAUUGCUUCUCGAUUGGCGUAUUAUGAGGAUCCUCAACACACCUUCAACAGUGCAGUGCAACACUUGUUGUACAAAAUUGCUCUUUCACAUCCUUAUCAUACCUUGCCUUUGCUCAUUCAAAUCAAGAAUGGUGAUCAGAAAAAUCAAAUGAUGACAAAAGCAGCACCAAUCAAACCAGAUCCUCUCAAGAUUAAUUCAGCCAUGGAAAUUAUUAAGAGACUUGCAAAAAAUAUUAAUCCUAUUGUGGAUGCCUAUACUACUCUUAUGGAUGCAAUCAUUCAAUUAGCAUUCCUUGAGUUAAGUCCAGAACAAAAAAGAAAUCAAUCCCAACCUCACAAACUAAGCUCUAAAUUAUUAAUUUCACAAAUCAAACCGUUAAGCAUUCCGGUUUUGACUGCUGACGUUCCAAUCAUUUCUACUGGAGAUUACAACAUGGCUUGUUUACCAUGCAUUCAGGGAUUUUCUGAAAACUUCUCAUUAGCAGGUGGAUUGAACUUGCCAAAAAUCAUUACUUGCAAAGCUUCCAAUGGAUCUAAUUACCGACAGCUUGUAAAAGGAAAUGAUGACAUGAGACAGGAUCACGUGAUUGAACAACUUUUUGGAGUGGUCAAUCAAUUACUUGCUAAAGAAAAAGAUACAAGAAAGAGAAAAUUACUCGUACGCACCUAUAAGGUCAUUCCUACUUCACCUACGAGUGGCAUUUUAGGAUUUGUAGAAAAUACUCAACCAUUAGCGACCGUUCUUAUUGGAACGAGUGAAGAUCCAACGAAUUGUCUUCAUGUCAAAUAUAGACCUGAUGAUAUUUCAAAUAAUGAAUGUCGAGCCCGAAUGGGUGCUUUGGAAAAGAAGAGAGAUACAGCAGAAAAUCGAAUUCAAGAAUUUAAGAGAAUUUGUGAACAAUUUAAGCCAGUGUUCCAUCAUUUCUUUUUAUCUCAAUUUCCAAAUCCUAGUGACUGGUUUGAGAAACGACAGGCCUAUACGAAAUCUGUGGCAACCAUUAGUAUGGUUGGUUAUGUCAUUGGUUUGGGUGAUCGACACGCCAGUAAUAUUUUGAUUGACCAGCAAUCGGGAGAAGCUGUUCACAUUGAUCUUGGAAUUUGUUUUGAGCAAGGAAAAUAUUUACCAAUUCCUGAAAUUGUUCCAUUCCGAUUAACACGAGAUAUCAUUGAUGGAUUUGGAGUAUGUGGAGUCGAAGGUACUUUCAAAAAUAGUUGUUAUGCAACCAUGAAUGUCUUGCGAAAUAAUAUGGAAGCAUUGUCUUUGGUGGUUGAAGUGUUUUUGCGUGACCCAUUGUAUAAGUGGGCACUGUCUCCUCUCGAAGCAAUGAAUUAUCAAACAAGUAAGGACAAGAGAAUAAUGCCAACACAAAAUACUGGAGAAGGUAACAAGAAUAAUAGAGAUGCUGAAAGAGCCUUAUUGAGAUUGAGGGAAAAGUUGUUGGGUCAGGAAGAGGGUAACAUGUUUGGUGUGAAGAGUCAGGUCAACAAGCUCAUUACAGAAGCUUCAGCAUUGGAAAACUUGGCAGUAAUGUUCCACGGAUGGGCUCCAUUCCUUUAA